AUGCAACGUACCACUAAACCGCAACGAGGACAUAUCGACUCGACUUUACACUUUCCCCUCCGUGGAACUGAUUUGUCUGACAUGGUAGAGCAUCGCGACUUCGACACUUUUCAACGCCUUGGUGGUGUCAAAGGUAUAUGUUCCUCUCUUAAUGUAGAUGAGAAGGCUGGGAUAUCAGACGAGACUAUUUCUCAACGUGUCCAACAAUAUGGCAACAACCUUCUUCCUCCUGCUGAACGUCAAUCUUUCUUUGAGAUAUGGAAAGAAGCCCUCUCCGACCAAACUCUUCUCAUCUUGAUUGCUUCUGCUGUUGUUUCUCUUAUCCUUGCAGCCAUUGUCCCACACGCAAAACGUGAGUGCCCCAACAUAGUUGACAUGGAAGGCGGGUCCGAUUAUUAUGAAGGAUUUGCCAUAUUAACAGCUGUCCUUGCAGUGAGUCUUAUAGGUGCUUGGAAUGACUACUCAAAGCAAAGUAAAUUUAUUGAAAUUGCCGAAAGAGAGACGGACUGCUCUGUUAAAAUAUUAAGAAAUGGUAUCCCAACCGAAUCGACAUCAUCUCAACUUGUUGUUGGUGAUAUCGUCUUUCUAUCAGUCGGUGAUGUUUUACCAGCUGAUGGAGUCUUUUUGAAAGGAAGUGGAAUAAGAAUCGAUGAGUCUGAAAUGACUGGUGAAAGUGUUGCCUGUAAAAAAUCUGAAGAGAAUUUUGUGUGUUUGUCUGGAUGUACAGUGACGGACGGCACUGGUGCAAUGGUUGUUGUGGCCGUUGGACAGAACUCACAGUGGGGAAAACUGAAGGCUUACGUCAACAAAGAUAAACAACGCCCAACUCCAUUACAAGAAAGGCUUGACGAUUUAGCCGAGUUAAUUGGGAAAAUGGGGAUGUUAUGUGCUGGUGUAGUCUUUGUUGUUUUAAGUUUGUGGUGGUUCUACAAAGCGGUUACGUUCAAUGGAUAUGUCUUAAAAGGUGAUCAUUGUAAGUUGUGUGAUCCAAAAGUUGACGGUGAUAAAUGUGACCCCGCCAAUUUCAAUUGGUGGAGAAUAACCGAUUUGGUCGAUUACUUCAUCAUAGCAGUCACUAUUGUAGUUGUUGCGGUGCCAGAAGGGUUACCUCUUGCGGUGACUGUGUCGUUGGCAUAUUCAAUGAAACAGAUGUGCAAAGAUAAUAAUUUGGUGCGCCACCUGAAAGCGUGUGAGACGAUGUCGAAUGCCACUUGUAUAUGCUGUGACAAGACUGGAACAUUAACAGAGAAUCGAAUGAAUGUAACAGCUAUUUGGGUCGACAACAACUCUAUUGAAGUCACUGCAGACUUCCAUUUACCAGCCGAAAUACAAAAGGCGUUGACUAUGAAUGCUUCCCUGAAUUCAUCACUCUCUUCUAAUAUAACAACAGAUAAUAAAACUAUCGGAAACAAGACGGAGUGCGCUUUGUUACUCCUUCUCAAGAAAUUGGGUGUAUCGUGCUCGACUAUACGAACGUCUUAUGAGAUAUCGCGACAAUGGGUAUUCACUUCCGAGAGUAAGCGAAUGGAUACGAUCGUCGACAACGUUUUAUAUAGCAAAGGAGCUCCCGAAAUGAUCAUUGCCGACUGUGUCAAUUAUUUGAACAGUAAUAACGAAGAGGUUGAUUUAACUGAAGAGCAUCGCCAAGACAUCAACGAAUGUGUCAACAACUGGUUCUCCUUGGGUAAACGAGUUAUCGCGCUUUCAUAUCGUCAUUUAAAGCCUGAAGAGUCUGAAAGGAAAGAUCUUCAAGAGAGAAUUUCGGGUCAAGAGAGUACUUUAAUAUGUGUUGUUGCCAUCAGUGAUCCUGUGAGGUAUGAAGUUCCAGGUGCGAUUGAAAAUUGUGUAGAAGCUGGUAUCAGUGUUAAGAUGGUUACUGGUGAUCAUGUCUCGACUGCGAUUAGUAUUGCGAAAGAAUGUGGUAUUGUACACGAAUGUGAAAUAUACGAUGGCAAGUCUGAUGUUGCUUCAAGCGAAAUUGCGAUGGAGGGGAAAUAUUUCAGUGAGUUGGACAACACAACACUCGAUCGUGUUCUCCCGCGUCUAAAAAUUUUAGCGCGAUGUAGUCCACAAGACAAACAGCGACUUGUAGAACGGUUACUUAUUAGUGGGGAAGUCGUUGCAGUUACUGGUGAUGGGACAAAUGAUGUUCCUGCAUUUAAAGAAGCCGAUGUUGCAUUAGCUAUGGGUCUUAGAGGUACUGAUGUUGCCAAACAAGCUGCCGAUAUAGUUAUUCUUGAUGACAAUUUCAAUUCGAUUGUCAAAGCCGUUGUGUGGGGAAGGUGUGUGUAUGACAACAUUCGUAAAUUCAUUCAAUUCCAAGUGACUGUGAAUAUCUCUGCAUUGGCAUUGUGUGUCAUUGGUUCAAUAUGUCAAAUGGGAUCACCACUGAACUCGAUGCAAAUGUUAUGGGUGAAUUUGAUUAUGGACACAUUGGCUGCUUUAGCUCUCGGCACUGAAAAGCCCACAAUGGAGUUAUUAAAGAGAAAGCCAUUCAAGCGUACUGAUGGCCUUCUUUCAAAGCAGAUGAUCAUUAAAAUAGCUAUUCAAGUUGUGUACCAAUUAUUCAUAUUACUCACAUUACUCUUCUUUGGGUCAUUAAUGUCGAUAAUCAACGCGCCAUGUGGGUAUAUGAGUGUUAUAGAAGACUAUCCUGGCAAGUUAUAUCAAUGUUCUGAUGGGAAGGCGCACCCUGUUGAUGAUGUUAUUGAAGACACUAAAACGCUUCAGACAAUCAUUUUCAAUACAUUUGUUUUCUGUCAAAUAUUCAACGAGGUCAACUCGCGGAGGGUCAACGGAGAGACAGACGUGUUCAAAGGAAUUUUCACAAACACCAUUUUCAUCGGAAUCGAAUUGGUUCAAAUAUUAGUUCAAAUCGGAAUCGUUGUAUUUUCUGGUGCAACCUUCGGUGUAAAAUCAUCGCCUGGAAUUGGGUUUGUGCAGUGGAUUAUUUGUAUUGCAUUGGCGUUGGUUACACUUCCUCUUGGCUUGUUGAAUGGCGUGUUUAAUAAACGGAAGGUAAGAAUGGACGACGUCUUCGAAGUCGAGAUGAAAAGUCCCGAGCAAAAGAGUCAACCUGAAAUAACAGAAAGCGAAAAACACAAAAAUGAAACAGUUCACUUGGGUGACGACACACAAUUUGAGUUUAGUGAGUAA